GCGAAGUUUCGCGCUUUUCCUUCACGUUCAACAAACAUUAUCGAAUAUUAUGUUAAUAAACAUCGAAAGUAAUUUAUGGUGUGUUAAAUUGUGUGUCAAUAAUAGUGUGUAAAAAUGUGCUAUUGUAAAUGGUAAUUAAUUUAAAAAAAGUUUAGUGCUGUGAUUGGUGUUUGAUUUUUAAUAUACGCAGUAUCCGCGUUGAUAUGAAACAUGGAGGAAUACAACGACACCCUGCUGUUAAAUAGUUCAGAAACCUACCAGCCCUACUACCAAAGACCUGAGACAUAUAUUGUUCCACUUAUUUUCGCUCUGAUCUUCGUAAUCGGUGUGGUGGGGAAUGGAACCCUGGUAGCUGUAUUUGUGAGGCAUAAAGCAAUGAGAAACGUGCCCAACACAUACAUCCUGUCACUGGCUCUAGCUGAUUUAUUAGUCAUCAUUACCUGCGUCCCCUUCACAUCGAUUGUGUACACAGUGGAGUCAUGGCCGUGGGGCGACACAGUAUGUCGGGUGUCGGAAGCAGCAAAGGACGUCAGCAUUGGAGUUUCAGUUUUCACGCUGACAGCCCUAUCAGCUGAUCGAUACUUCGCCAUCGUUGAUCCAUUGAGGAAGUUGCACGGGACAGGUGGUAGUAAACGAGCCACCCGUUUGACUGUAGCCACUGCAAUUGGAAUUUGGAUCCUUGCGGCUCUGCUAGCCACGCCGGCGUAUGUUGGCUCCUAUGUUAGGACAUUCGUCGUCAAUCCUACUACACAGUUUCUUGUCUGCUACCCUUAUCCAAACGAAUGGGGUGAAAAUUAUCCUCGAACAAUGGUUCUGAUAAAGUUUCUGGUAUACUACUCGCUGCCGCUGGCUGUCAUUGCACUAUUUUAUGUGCUAAUGGCAAGACAUCUGGUGCUCAGCACUCAGAAUAUGCCGGGAGAGAUGCAAGGGACACAGAGACAGAUGAGAGCAAGAAGGAAGGUUGCCCAGACUGUUCUUGCAUUCGUGUUAGUCUUCGCAGCUUGCUUCCUACCUUCACACGUCUUCAUGAUGUGGUUCUAUUACUGUCCCACUGCCGAGCUGGACUACAACGGUUGGUGGCACGGCCUUCGUAUCGUGGGCUUCUGUCUCUCUUUCUUGAACAGCUGUGUCAAUCCCAUCGCCCUAUAUUGCACCAGCGGUAUAUUUAGAAAGCAUUUCAACAGGUACCUACUAUGUCGGGGCGGCACCACACAUGGACCCAGGGGUUCUAUGUCAUUGUCUACCUCGCGGAGACUGACUUCCAGUAGGAAGACCAACAUCAGCAUGGUGCCGAGGACAACAAGUGUGGGCCGAGACAGCAGCAUCCGUCUCCUUAACAACGGAUCGAAACUCUGAGGAAGGAGCAACGGCCGGACACCGGCCAACAACAACCAAGAACGCUCCCAAGAGAACUACAGCAAAUGUUUCAUAUACAAAACAGAUAAUAUGGCACCCUUCCCCAAAUGCUGUGAACACGAGAACGGCGUCAAACAUAUGGAAACAAAUGUGGAUGCUAAAGACGCUAGCAGCACUGAAAGCUUCUUCUUACAACUCGACAGUUCUUUUCACUCCUAAUAAAUUUUACCACAGAUAAUGUAUAACCGUAUGUGAGUACACCUUUACGUGUGUAAUGUGAUAUUUUAUCCUAAUAUAUGA